AUGGCUUCUCCGACGUUCGGCUGUACAGAGGUACCUGUAGUUAUCAAAUGGGUGGAUGUCGGACAAUACAGCUAUAUUGGAACACGAAUUCAAAAUCUACGAAUGAAUAUACACCUCGGCACACACGAAAGUCCCAAAUUGCUCUUUUGGUUCACAGUAACAGUUGGAGUCACAGCGAGCCCUGAAUCCUCUACGAUACGCACGAAGUUGCUCUACUUCGUUAUCCAAGCUAGUUUGCUUGGCUACAACGAGAAUGAUACAUGCCUCUCGUUAGAGACUCCAAACUCUGAUUGUUCUCCCGACACUAGCACGGCUAUAAGAGAGGCUGGAAUAUGUUCCGAUUAUGCCUCUGUUUCCCGUAUAUGCUUUCAGCUCCACAAUCAUGGCACAGUGUUCAUGCCUCCUACUGAGAAGCAUGCCUUUACCCCUGCGUCGGACAAUGUUUUACAACUGUUGGCUAGCAUGGAGUCCCUCUCCCAGGCUAAGCAAUUCUGGGUAUAUACGUCGCUUGAAGAUUCGCUUCUUACGAAUAUUUGGAAAAGGAUCGAUCGAAUACGCAAUGGAACCUUUACAGGUGACUUUACGACCCAGAGUGUAUAUAAACGUGGUAUGGUAUGCGACAAAUGGACGAAUUUCAAUCAAUUUGUGAGACAGGAGAACCCAGCAAAACGUAAAAGCAAUCUUCAUGGCGUAAAGCAUAACUCCGAGCCUCCGCCGCUAUAUACCAGUGAAUGUCAGGGUGCCGGAGUAGAACACAAAGAUGGUGAUCGACUAUACGAAUCCAGUAAAAUCUUUAGCAAACAUCCAUCUUCCCAUGACCUCGAUCAACAGCUUGUAGAUACCGAAUCCGAUGAAGAAUUGUCUAUAGGGCGGAAGCGCAAAUACAACAAGAUAUCUUUCGAUACCUCAGGUAACCUUAAAAACUUGAAUAGUGCUAGUAUACUUGAUUCCAAUAAAUCCUACUUGGAUCGUCAGAGCUCCAAAGUUCGGUUCGUCAAACCUCGUAGUGAAGUUCCGGGCUAUCUUGAAAAGCAAUUGGCUGCCUUUAUACGUUGGGUAUUAGAGAUCGACUUACACUUGGAAAAGGAUUGUGAGCAGGUGUUCUCAGAUCUUGGCGGGGCAGUGUCUCAUGGAGACCUAAAUAAGUUCAACGAAAUCAAGACAGAUUGUAUGGCGAAUAUUUAUAUCACAUAUGCUAAGAGAGGAUCCAAAUGGGUUUUAAGGAACACUAUCUGA